AUGACAGCCUCGAAUGAUACUUUGAAGGUUAUAUUAUUAAGGCAUGGGCAGAGUGAACUGAAUCAUGAGAAUAUAUUUUGUGGAUGGAUUGAUGCAAGUUUGACCGACAAGGGUAAGCAUCAAGCUCGAAACGCAGCUCAAUUGAUCCAAAAGUAUUGUCAAGAUGAGAAUGUUGCUCUUCCUCAGGUAGGAUAUACUUCCAGACUGGUAAGGACCCAACAAACGAUAGAAGUCAUGCUAGAUGAGUUGCAUCUCAAGGGGUCUUAUGAAGUGGUUCCUGGUAUUCAAUAUGACACCACUGAGAAAUUGGAGUCAAACGAAGUGAAAGUGCUUCAAACUUGGAGGUUGAACGAACGUCAUUAUGGCUCCUGGCAAGGCCAGAGGAAACCCGAUAUCUUGAAGGAAUAUGGGAAGGAACAAUACAUGUAUAUUAGAAGGGACUACCAGGGUAAACCACCCAAGGCAGAUUUGAAACGUGAAAUGAUACAAGAGGUUAAUGAUCCUGGUUCAUCUACUGGUUACGAUUUUAAAGAGCCAAAUAGACACAAGAAAUAUAGCCUCGAGGAAGGAUUUGAUGUUGAGUUACCAAAUAGUGAAUCUUUGUGUGAUGUGGUUGAGAGGUUGAAACCUUUCUUAAAUGACGUUGUUUUGAAGACCGCGAAGGAACACAAUCUUCAAUCCUGUCUCUUGGUGGGACAUGGAAGCUCAGUGAGGUCCAUACUUAAAAUUUUGCAAGGAAUUUCUGAUGACGAUAUCAAAGAUGUUGAUAUUCCUAAUGCAACGCCUCUAGUGGUCGAACUGGACAAAGAAACGUUCAAAUUUGUCAAUCGGUACUAUUUGGACCCAGAAACUGCCAACAAAGACGCCGAAAAGGUUCGCCAAGAGGGCUUUCAAAACAAUCCUUAG